GUUAGAUAAUUUUAUUUGGCUCCUUAGGUGGAGGAUUUUGAUUUCUCAUUUUCUCAGGUUCCAAAACAGAAAAAGGAUAAAUGAGAAUUGGAUUGGUUGUAUUAUAACUUGAGAGCUCUUUUUCAUGGAACUCUCUCAAGACUGAUUCCUUGGCAGUAGAAAGAAGAGCUUUUAAGACAGAUUUUUUGACAGCAAAAUUGGGUUUUGGGGGAAGGCCAAAAUCCAAUACAAGAUUGUGAGAGGGUUUCAAGAGUAGGUGAGCAGGGGAUGAAAUGGGCUUGCAGAUUGAAGAAUGCAUCUCUCUGUCUACAGCUUCAGGCAAGCCAAAGGGGGUGUGGCUGAGGCGGCGGUCGUGGGUGGUCGUGGCCUUGGCUAGAGGAGGAGGUGGUGGCGGUGGUGGUAGAGUUGAGAUGGGGGAUAAGACGGGAGAUAUUGCAAGUCAAACUGAUGCAACUAUAUGUCUUGUUCUAGAUAUUGCAAAUGGUGAUAGCCUAUGGAAAGCGGAGAAUCCCUUGGUUAAGUCUGUCCCUGUUUUCGUUCGGCAGAUGGCCCUCACCCUCCUCGUCACUCGCCUUCUCGUCUUCAUCCUCAAACCACUCAAACAGCCUCGCAUCAUGGCCGAAAUUCUCGCUGGUAUGUUCUUGAAUCCAGGUAUUUUGGGUAGGAUCUACAACAAAAUGGCCUUGAAAUUAUUUCCAUAUGACAGUUGGGCGGUGCUGGAGACAUUGGCGAACGUGGGACUGGUUUUCCACGUCUUCCUAGUGGGACUAGAGAUAGACCUAACCUCGGUGAUGACGACUGGAAAAAGGGCCUUCUCCAUUGCCAUAUCUGGGAUUGUAGUUCCACUGGCCGUAGGUUCAGGCUCCUUUCUUAUGUUGAAGGAUUAUCAGGAAGGAAACUUUACUUUUGCUGGUUCUGUCUUGUGGGGGCUUUCUGUCACCGUAACAGGCGUCCACAUGCUGACCCGAGUCCUGGCAAACCUCAAGCUCCUCAACACCGACCUCGGAAAAUUGGCCAUGUCUUCCGCCGUCAUCAAUGAACUAUUCUUGUGGGUGAUUCUUGCAGUGGCAAUACCAAUAGUAAACGACGUCGGGACUUCCUGCUGGGCAAUCCUGGCCACCGCUGCCUUUGUAUUGUUUUUCAUUUUUUUGGUUCGCCCAGCCAUAGUAUGGAUGCUUAGCAGAUAUCCUGAGGGGGACAGCUUGAGCGAAUGCCAAGUCGGCCUCAUCCUCUUCGGGGUUGUGCUGUCGGCGGUUGCCACAGACGCCUGCGGCAGCUACUCCAUCAUCGGUGCUUUCGUGUUCGGACUGGUGUUCCCCACUGGGGUUCAAGCAACUGAGAUUAUGGAGAAGCUGGAGGAUCUUGUGUCGGGGAUUCUUGUGCCUCUCUACUUCGUGACUUGUGGGAUACGAAUCAAUCUGGAGUCUCUUUGGGACAGUGAUGCCAUUGCUAAGGUGAUGCUGGUUGUAGCCUUACUUUGUUCAGCCAAGGUCAUAAGCACUCUCCUGGUUUAUAUCUUGUAUAAAAUGCCUAUCCAGGAGGGGAUAGGUCUAGGGUUGGUUUUGAAUACCAAAGAUAUCUUGGCCUUUAUCAUCCUUCAUAUUGGCAGAGAUAGACAAGCAUUCGACAAUAAGAUGUUCACAGUCAUGGUGGUGGCCAUGCUGGUGAUGACGGGGAUGGUGACCCCGCUUAUCAACUUCGUAUACCAGCCAAGAACACGUUUCAUGCGGUACAAGAACAGGAGUAUUGAAAAAUCCCAAGCAGAUGGAGAGCUCAGAAUCCUUACAUGCUUGCAUCAAACCCGCAAUGUUCCCGGCAUCAUCAGCCUUCUCGAAGCUUCCAACCCCAUUCCACGCUCACCACUCCGCGUCUUCGCCCUCCACCUCGUCGAACUCACCGACCGCGCCUCAGCUAUGCUCAUUAUCCACAACACCCAGAAUUCUGGGCCUUCCACCACCCUCGCCAACCACAGAAGCACCCAAGCCCAAUCGGAGCAGAUGAUCAGCGCUUUUGAGGACCUCGAGCAGCGCAACCUCGCCGUCUCCGUCCAGUCGCUCACCGUCAUGUCCCCUUACGCCACCAUGGACGAGGACAUCUGCAGCAUCGCCGAGGACAAGCGUGUCGCCCUCACUAUAAUCCCUUUCCACAAACAGCAGACCGCUGACGGCCAGAUGGAAGAGGGGGAUGCCGCAGUGAGGCGCGUCAACCAGAACGUCUUGGCGAACGCGUCGUGCUCUGUAGCCAUCUUCGUGGACCGUGGGUUCGGGGCAUUGGAUUACCAUGACCGCCGCAUUUGCAUGCUGUUCUUCUGCGGCCCUGACGACCGUGAGGCCCUGUCUUAUUCCUGGAGAAUGGUCGGCCACCCAACUGCGAUGCUCGCUGUAAUUCGCUUCAUUCCCAGCGAAAAUGCAGCUGACCUCGAGACCUUAGAGGAGUACGUCCCAGGUGAUAGCAACGGUAUUCUAAGUGCAAUAUCCGAGUACGAGAAGCAGAAAUCACUGGAUGAUGAAUUCGUGGAGAAUUUCAGGAUAAGAACUUCUGGGGAUGAAAACAUCUUAUACAGAGAAGUAGUACUGAAUAAUGGGGAAGAGGCGGUGACAGCCAUAAGAGAAAUGGACCACAAUUAUGAUCUGUACGUAGUAGGAAGAGGACAGAAGGUGCUAUCGCCGUUGACCGCAGGCCUAAACGAAUGGAGCGACUGUCCGGAGCUGGGUGCAAUAGGGGAUAUACUAGUGACAUCCGAAUUCGCGUCCUCGGCGUCGGUGCUGGUGAUUCAGCAGUUUGAAGGGGCGGCAGGGUUGACAGUGUCUGAACCUGGAUCGUCGGAUGGGUCGCUGAAUGGUGGGGAUACGAAGGGUUUUGAGCAUUCGAAUUGGCGGCAGGCGGGGGAAGAUGGUGGGUUUGAUCCCUUUGUGAGAAAUAGAGGUGUGCAGAAUGGAUGGCAUGCUUGAGGCUGUUGUUGAAUCUUGAAGAGGUUCUUAGAAGUUAGAACAACUUAAUUAGAACACACAUCCCCUUGCUGUAUGAACCCCUUUUUCUGGUUCAAAUCAAAAGGAAAGGACCACUUAAUCUUUAAUUUUUCUUCCAUAA